AGGAAGAAGAAGAGCAGUUGACCCGGAAGUGAGCCUCACGUGUUUUCCUUCAUUUCUCCAUGCGUGUUGUGCUGUAGAACCAGACAGGAGCUCAUCUAUCCGCGCAGCAGAUUAAACCCAGUGUUCCGAGGAGACAGCCCCCCCGACCAGGUCGCCAUGUCCUCCUACACCUGCAUCAGCUGCAGAGUGGCGUUCACGGACGGCGAGGUGCAGCGGGCACACUACAAAACCGACUGGCACCGCUACAACCUGAAGCGCAAGGUGGCCGACAUGCCACCGGUCACCGCGGAAAACUUCCAGGAUCGUGUCCUGGCUCAGCGGGUGGCCGCCGAGAAGCAGCUGAGUGACACGGCCGCCACCGAGGGCUGCGCCGUCUGCAGCAAGAAGUUCUCCAGCACCAACGCCUACCAGAACCACCUGCAGUCCCACAAACACCAGCAGGCGGAGAAGCAGGCGCUGCUCGCCGCCCAGAGGAAGGUGGACAAGAUGAACGAGAAGAACCUGGAGAAGGGACUCGGCGAGGAGAAGGUGGAUCGCGAUGCCAGGAACGAGGCGCUGCAGCAGGUGCUGAAAGACCAGCAGCGGCCGAGUCCUGCGGCGCAGGGAGCGAAGAAGCCAAGGACGGCGGAGCAGCUGGAGACACCUCCGAGGCUGAUGUGGCUGGAGGAGCAAGCCAAGAGGAGGGAGAAGGAAAAUGGAGCUGCAGCUGUGGAAGAAGAGUGGGAGGACGUCGACGGGGAGGACGAUGAUGAUGUUAUGGAGGAAGAGGAGGAGGAGGAAGAAGAAGAAGAAGAGGAUGAGACGACGAUGGAUCAGGAGGAGGGAGACUCUGCUGCCGGCUCUGCCCCCCAUCCAGCUGCUCUGCCGGGAUCCAUCCCCAUCACCGACUGCCUGUUCUGCUCACACCACUCCAAGUCGCUGAUGAAGAACGUCGCCCACAUGACCAGAGUCCACAGCUUCUUCAUCCCCGACCUCGAGUUCCUCGUCGACCUCAAGGGCCUCAUGCGGUACCUCGGAGAGAAGGUGGGAGCGGGGAAUGUGUGUUUGUGGUGUAACGAGAAGGGGCGCUCGUUUUAUUCGGCUGAAGCCGUUCAGAGUCACAUGACCGACAAAAGCCACUGCAAACUUCUGACAGACGGAGACGCUGCUCUGGAGUUUGCAGACUUCUACGACUUCAGGAGCAGCUACCCAGACAGGAAGGAGGGAGAGGAGAUGGACGGAGACGAGCUUCCUGACGACAAGAACAUCGAGUACGACGAUGAAAUGCUGGAGCUCACGCUGCCUUCAGGCGCUAAGAUCGGACACCGCUCUCUCCUGAGGUAUUACAAGCAGCGUUUCGGCGCUCAGAAGGCUCUGGUUCUGACCCACAACAAGAACGCCGUCGGCCGAGUCAUGCGGCAGUACAGAGCUCUGGGCUGGGGAGGAGACGGAGGCUCUGGCGCCCUCUACCAGAAGCAGAGGGACAUGCAGUACGUUCAGAUGAUGAAGUCCAAGUGGAUGCUGAAGAUGGGCAUGAACCACAACACCACCAGGCAGAAGCAUUUCAGAUUACAAAUCAUGUUCUAGACUGGGACCGCCGGGAAACAGAUGUGGCGUGGACAUUUUUAGGAUGUCAGCGUUUAUCCAGCACACAAGACUUUUCAGUGCAGCUGCAGGAACGCUGGAUCGUGGCUCAAAACAUCAGUAAAGCUGGGUUGUGUGUGAGCAGGAGAUGCAGUCAGGUUGAUUUAAGGUGUAUUAACUGCAGGAAAAGUGAUUUUGAGGAUUGUUUAGCUUGUAUGAAGAGCAGUUAAUUACAUGUUCAGUCAAAUCUGUAACGCUGUGUGGAAUAUUGUCCAUAACCUGCUUUAAAAAUCAACCCAAGUGCAAAACCAACCCCUUUGUGGAGCUGAAGUGCAUGAAUCACAUUUAUUAAAUACAUCUAAACUAUAUGUGAGUAAAAGCUGCAGUAAAUCAAUAUUAAGAUAAUACUUUGGGCUCUGUUCACUUACAAAACCUCCAUGUUAUUUCAAACAUAUUUAUGAGUCACCGUCCACAAAAUACACCAAACUUAUAAAUGUGGAGAUGAAUACUUCUGACUUGUGAUCUUAAAUCACAUAAUGGGUUCAAUUUCCUGAUUUUGACUUGCAGUAAUAACUACUUCUACUUGUUUUCUCCAGAACAGGAUGAGUGGAAAGUGAUUUUUUUGGGGGAUCUGACCUUCAAAAAAGUCUGAAUUCUGGGGGCGAAAAAUUCAGGCUUUUUUUUCUUAUAAUUCUUGGAAAGAAGAAUCCUUUUUUGGAAUUCUGAGCAAACAAUUUGGAAUUUAGAGAAACACAUCUGCACUUUGUGAAAGGGUCUGAAAUCUUAAAAUGGGAAGUAUGGGGGAACAAAGUGAACAUUUCGGGAACAUUUUUGGAAUUUUGAGGAAAGUCAGAAUUCUGGGGCGGUAAAAAAAAAUAGAAAAAAGUUUCAACUCUGAAAAAAGUCAGAAUUCUGGCUUUGUUCUUAAAAUCGGUAGAAAGAAGAAUCCUGCCUUUUUUUUGGAGAAAAAUAUUCAGUAUUCUUAGAAAAAAAUCUGAAUUCUGAGGAAAUCUGAAAAGGGGAAGUCGGAGGAAAAAUAAAUCUGAAUUCUGGGAAGAAAGUCGGAAUUCAAAGACAAAAUCAGCUCUGCAUUUAUUUCACUUGAACUAAAGCGAAGGAUUUCUGCUCCUCUUCUUCAUUGCUGUGGUGUACUUCAGCUGCGUCAGAUUUGUGAAUGACUGAAUGCUGAUGUCAUGGGAAGCUGAGCAGGAUGCUGAGCCACCACACCAUCACUUUAACGAGCACCCCCCCUCCAUCGGUGUGUGGUGCUCCACUUUAUCUCUGGCCAGCUCUCCACUUCCUCUGGCAGAGUGUUUGUGGCGUGAUGCGUUCAGGGUUUAUGGCUCUCUGCCCGUACAGUAUGAGUACACAGUAAAAACAGAGGAGUGGGGGAGGGGGGGGCUGCAGACAGGCGGACGGCGAGGAGGAGAAUAAUUGAUCCUGACGAGAGGCAUUAAUUCUGCUGAAGUCAUUGGGGGAGGGGAGGGUGCUGACUAUUUCGGACACUAUCUGAUUUGAUUUGCUCUCUUCAAAUAUCGAUUAUGUUCCAAACCAGUCUGAAUAUUAGAAAUCAACCCAUCUGGAUAUUAGUAUCCCAUCAGGCUACCAGUAAGUGACUGUGCUGGGUUGGAAACAUUUCAACAAAUAUUAAUGAAAAUUAGCAAUUUUUUAACAACAUUUUGAUAUUCAAACAACUUUUAAUGCAACAAUGAUAACCUUGAUGUAUGUCAACAACUUUAUGGAGAGACUUAUCUUAAAAUGUGUUAAAGAUCCCUUAAUGAAACCUCCCUUAGUCUCAUUCAACAGAGGGUCGAUGUUUUUCCUGUCAAAAACUCACAUUUCAUUUCACAUUUAUCAGCAUAUUUAAUACGCUUUGUUUCUCAAACCAAGUCCAGCUGUAGCAGACCUGAAAGCUGAAAAUAAAUGAACCAAUAAGUAAAAUAUCUGUGGAGUUGGAGUUUAUUUCUGCUUCUAACUUCAACCUGAAUUCCUGCGAUAGAAAGGGAAAGGUCAAAUCAUCUCAAAGUGAAUUCAGAGACUCCUCCCCCCCCUGCAGGGCCCCGGGGACCUGGUUAUUGAUCGGGCCCUCGUAGGUAGUGAUUGGACGUGAGUGGAUAAUUUCUCUGCUGCAUUAGAGUCCAUUACUGCCCCCCCGCUCCCCGGAAACACAGACAUCCUCAAAGAAAAGAGAUUCUUCUUGGAAAAGCUCUGACAAACGAUUCACCGCACUCUGAGACUCCUCAGAAUUUCCCAUCAGAGACCAGACCAUGGGAAUAAUUCACACUCUGACUUAUCCUUUCUUUUUAAAGUCCCAGAGCCAUUCCUCACAAUACAUUGAAGUAUGAGCUGAAUAAAAUGUAAUAUUCAAAAUGAAUCCUGUGCACCUAACAGAUGAAUGAGACGUCACAAUGAACACAAAAUAUUAUUACUUUAAAAACCUCCAACAGGAAAAGGAUGACAUUUGAAUUGCCAUAAUUGAGGUCAUAAGAGUUCAAUUACAAGCAGCCGCUGUAAGAUAAUUAAAGCAAUCAGUGAUGUCGUUGUAAGCACAUACAUAUGUUUAUUAAAUGUUUGAUGUGAAAUUAAGCUAAAA